AGUUCUGUGGGGCUGUGAGUACAAGUGAGGGGUUUUCUCAAGAAGUCUUUCUAGGUUGUCCUCUUUGUCUGGCCCCACGAUGAGAUGAAUAAAGUGGUUAGAAGGGCGGAGGUCAGCUAAACACCCCACGUCCUCUCUCUGUAGCUUUGCACUGUGCAAAGACCCCACUAAGGAGAGGUGGUUUGGAGAGCAUAUUAAAGAGACACUUUUUCAGUGUUUAAUGACACUGUAAUAAAUUAUCACUGCAUGUUUAACUUCCAUUUUCUAAGUCUGUGAGCGCAUGUGCACAUGCAUGUAUGAAAGUCUGUGCGAAAAGUGUAAAUUAGUUUCUCUACUCUGAGGUCAUUAUCUACCUGCCUUGCAACAGCACCAGUCACCUGUCUAAGUUUCAUUUUGACAGAGGAGAGGAUGGCGAGAGUGAGUGCGAGGUGGUGUGAGCUUGUCACACACCCACCCAGCGUGGGGGUGGAAGCUGUGGGUUCCAGUCGCCUUGAUACAUUUUUUGAAUAUAUUUUUUUUAAGACCAUGGCUCAGAUAUAGAACCACACACCUCCUGCACACAGAGGCAACACACACUCCUCUCACACACACUGCACCAUGAGCGGUACCCAGGGCUAUACAUACCCCCAGAUGUUUCUAGUGGACUACAGUGGAGGUUCACAGCCGUCGGUCCAACCUCCAGGCCUGGUACCUUGCUGGUCCUUCCCUCCUGCCCAGGAGAGGGUAAGGGAGCAGAGCAGGGCCAGAGGCUGCAGGGGGGUUGGCUCCUGGAGCCUGGUUGUGGCUGUGCUGUUUCUGCUGCUGCUGGUGUUUGGGGCUCUGGGGCUAGGAGCCUACCAGAUACACAAGCUACAGACUCAACUGGAUGGGAUACAACAGGUUAACAUUGAGAGCCAAGGUUGUGCGCCUGAGAAGCUAGUGGGUGACCUUCCAGAGUCUGAUCCAGACACAGGGAAGAAGGCCAGCAGACCUGCAGCACACGUCAUAGGCCGGAUCGAGAAGGAUGUUUCCCAGAAUACCUUGCGUUGGGAGCCCAAGGCAGGGCGGGCCUUCACUGAGGGAGGCGUGGUCUAUCGGGAUGGUGGUCUGCAGGUCAACGAGACUGGGCUCUACCACAUCUAUUCCCGGGUGCAGUUUGAGGCCAAUCACUGCACCCCUACAGAUGCCUUGGUUCACUCUGUGUUUGUGAGGAGGCCCUGGAGCUCCAAGCCUCUCACCUUGAUAGAGGCGCACAGGGAGGGCUACUGCAGCUCGGGCUCUAAUGGGCGUGUCUGGACCUCUGGGAGUUACCUGGGCUCCACAUUGCAGUUAGAGAAGCAGGACUGGGUCUAUGUGAACGUCUCCCACCCAGCCAUGCUCAGCCACACUCAUCAUGCCAACUUCUUUGGACUCCACAAGAUCUAGCGAAAAAGGAUGAAAUCUGGAGUUGGUUUCAACUGAUAUUUCACUCAGAGAACCUUAACACUAAAAUGGUGGAGAAAAAAGUAGUAUUUAUUAUGAUAAAGAUCUGACACUGAUUCCAGCUGCAGGUCUGAAUGUAUGUUCAUUAGAACACAAAAAUGUGCAUGUUUGGGAUUUUAUAUCCGUCAACAGGGAUCCAAUUUUUUAUAUUCUAAUAAAUGUAUU